AUGGUCUUUGAUCGCUUUGAGGAAGCUAGCCGUGGUCCCUGGGGAAGUGUCAGGCUCCUGUGGUGGUCGAAGCUGAGACACUGGAUUGCUCUUGGGGCAUUAUCGACAGUCAUUCUAGUGGGCUUCGAGCCAUUCUUACAGGCCAUUAUCGACUUCGAGGGUGAGGAAAUCUCUUUCUCAGACCCUGUCGCUAAGGCAACGAUCGGAAAGACCGAUAGACUUGACAUCGGCUCUCAUAUUAGCAUCUCAGGAGCUGCGGUCGCACUGACGGUGCCCGACUUCCCAGGAGAAGCAAUUACUGGCAUCUCAAUGUUUUCCCAGUAUGACUUCGGCGCUCUCGCCGCAAUGUGGGCCGGUUUCUCGAGUCUCAAUUCCGCCGAAAGCCAGAAGGUGGCAUUCACUUGCCCCUCAGGCAACUACACCUGGGCCCCUUAUACGUCUUUGGCAACAUGCAGCUCAUGCAGCGAUAUCUCAAAGCACAUUGUCAAAUCGACCGGAAAAGCCAACCUGAUGAAGGCUGAAGAUGACAGUCUUACAAUGGUGAGCUUCAUCUCGUCAGGCUCAAUACAUCUGAUACCCAACGUGACGGCUGGCUACAUCAAGUAUGAGAUCCCGGCGCUCGGAAUGAACAUCUCAAACAUUGAUGGGGCGGCGGUAGCAGCCUUGAGGGAAGACAAUGAGACGAUCAUAAGUACAGAAUUGACAGCGAAAGCGACAACCCAGCCAAUAGAAACAAUCAACUUCCGCGACAUGAAAUCCCUCAUAAUAUCAUUCGCAAUGAUGGAGUCCAGCAGCGACUUCAGAGAAGGCAGGAAGCCCUGGGAGGACGCGACCGUUGUAGCACACGAGUGUGCUCUGUAUUUCUGUGCGAAUGUGUACCAAACCACGAUCAAACAAGGUGCUUUAGAAGAGACUGUUCUAGGCUCUUAUACUAACCGAAACCUCGAUUCUUUCCUCUCCCAGAGCCCUAGCGAAUCUCAGCUCUCAAAAGCAUACAACGAGUACACAAAUUACACCUUGAAUUACGACAAGUCAGACUUCAACCGAACCGACCUCCAACUGUUGAUUUCACCGGAAGAGUAUCGUGGCGCUACCGGUCUGAACACAGAAAACAGCUUGCGAUUCAAUAUCUCACAAAACGCUGCUGGAAGCAUCACUGGAGCAUUCGCGAAUCAGUUCGCCCGUCGGCCUAGCCCUCUAAGCAAGAAGCAGCUCGUAUACCCGCCGCUACGUCGAUCCCCUCAGGUUCCACAACAACAGCCCAACGUAAUCACAAGCUUAGGAGCAACCCAGAAUUUCACGGCAAUGUUUGAGGCAGCAGCGGCUGGGUUGACAAAGUAUAUACGUGAUCUCUCUCUGGAAGAGAAGCCUUUGGAGGGCAAGACACUGCAAUGGGUCGUUCAUAUCCGCCAUUAUUAG